AUGGAAGAUACUCGAUUUGAUUCAUCUCGCAAACGACCACGACCAGUUGUUUCUUGUUUAAGAUGUCGUGAAAAGAAGUUGAAAUGCGACCGACUUUUACCAUGUCAAAAUUGUACCAAGAUACCAGGUGGCUCAGCUGAAUGUACUUAUAAUCACGACCCUACGAAAUUCAUUCCAAAAUCACGAACAACUUCAACAACUUCACCAGGAAAUCGUACACCACCUGAUCUUAAGAUUAUAUCAAAUAUAGGAAAUGAAGUAAAUAUCAUCCAGGGUAACGGUGGAGGUGGAGUUGUGGAGGAACUUCAAUCUCGUGUUGCAAGGCUUGAAGAUCUACUUCAAGUCUCUGGAAGGUUAUCAAACAUUCAAAGAUCACCAUCACAACCACCGAAAACGUACAAAGUAUCGAAACGUCCGAAUGUUCCUACUAGUUCGAUACCAGGACUCUGUACUCUGGUUGUGAAAGGAUCGAGGAGUAGAUACCAUGGUCAGAAUGAUCGAAUUACCUUAUUAAAUCAAUUUCCCGAGGCAAAAGAUUUCAUAAACAAGAGUGCAAGCAGUAAUGUUUCCAUCAUCAAUCUUGCUAAAGAUGUUCAAUAUCUACAACAAAAGUCUCAAGGUCACCUUAAUAUGCGAAAGGAGACAUCGAGUCAAGAAUGUGCUGCAAUUAUUUCAAAACUUCGAGAAUUUCUUCCCGGAAAACUUGUUUGUGAUAGGCUAUUGAAAAUUUACACAGAUAAUUUUGAAAAUAGUUCAAGGAUUCUUCAUCUACCCUCCUUCCUUCGUCUGUACUCGCAUUUUUGGACAUCACCCGACGACACGUUGUUUCAAUCAUCAUCAUUCUUACCUCAAUUGACAACCAUACUAGCGAUUUGUUACAAGUUUCUUGAUGGCAAUUCAGGAUUUGAUGAUGAUCAGAAAACAUAUCUGGAAAUGGCAUCACUUGAGCUUGUCACGGCUUGGAUUGACACACUCAGUAGGAAGCAGGCAAUUGAUAUAUCAACGUUGCAAACCGAAACACUGCUACUACUUGCGCGACAAUUACAACUUCUCUCCCCAGAUAAGUUAUGGUGCGCCACUGGUGCUUUGGUUCGGUCUGCUAUGGUGAUGGGACUUCACCUAAGGCCGUCGGAAUUCAAGAAGAUUUCACCGUUUCAUGCCGAGCUAAGACGAAGGAUUUGGAUAACCAUUGUUCAAAUGGAUCUACAAGCAUCUACUGCCGCCAGCAUGCCCAGUAUCGUUCCUGAUAUAGAUUACAAUCAACUGGCUCCAUCAAAUUUAAAUGAUGCGGAUUUUGACGAAUCUACAACUCAACUUCCUACUUCGAAACCUCUAUAUGAAUGGACCGACUCCCUUGCACAAGUCACAUUAGCUAUGUCGCUUGCACAGCAGCUUAAGGUUGUGUCACUGAUUAGAGACAUUAGUCCUGGCAUGGAUCUAUCAGAAGUUGUUCGAGAAGGGAGAAAAUUGGAGGAAAUCCUACGACGUGUGCCAGCACCACUCAGACUAGACGGAACACUUCAACGUUCUCCUUCACAUCUUUUGGAUUGCGUCUUAUUGGACAUAUAUCUGAGGAGACCGUUUCUCAAUCUUUAUCGGUUACUUCUAUGGGAAGAGCGACAAGACGAUCCUUCAUACAGAGAGAUGCAACAACUUUGUUUGGAAUCAUCAGUCACCAUUCUUUCUUAUCAGGAUUAUUUUGAUCCCUCAGUCGCGGAUUUGGAUUUAUUGAGUACAAACUUAUAUUGGACAAUGUUCCAAAUUUGUUGCAAGAAUGACGUUUUAGCCGCUGUCUUGAGUGUCUGUCAAUACAUCAAGACCUCAACAUCAACGUCUCAAAGUACAGAGUCCAGUCCCGGAUUCAUACAAAAUCAAUAUCCAACAUCUCUGCCAAGUCCUCCAGCAUCAAAUACGCAUUUUUCGAAAGCAAGGCUCACUCGGGUAGUCGAAAGUACAUUGGAAGGAUUCACCAAGAGAGUGGGGGAAUUUGGUAGUGAUCUAAAAGAUGUUCUCAUUCUUUCCGUGGUGAUGCAAGCAGUACGAGCGAAUGGUACAUCCGAUCUAAAAGAGAAUUUGAUGCAUGAAGGUGCCAAGAAAGCAUUGUCAGCAUGCCGGCAAACCUUGUUACAGUCAUUUCCAAAUGGAGAAAUCAGCCUCCCAUCGGCCAAUCUCGAAGUGAACGAGGAAAAUAAGAAUAAUAUCAGGGCAACACCCACAGUAGAUGUCUCAAUGUCCAAUGUAGAUCAGACCAUCUAUACCAACCAAUCAGGAUAUAUGGAUCAACUAAACACGUUGGCGACUGAUAUGAACCAGUUACCGAGUGACAUCUUUGAAUUUACAGAUACCGGCGUAUUCAAUGGGGAUAAUGAUUGGAGUUACAAUGAUCUUUGGCAAUAA